AUGACAUCGCCACAUCCUGACCCUAUGGAUAUCGGCUCACCUAUGAGCUUGGGCACACCCACGAACGUGGGCAACCCUAUGAACAUGGGCACACCUAUGGAUGUUGGCUCACCUAUGGAUGUCGACAUGGAUAUGACCGAUACUUUCACUGGUACUGCUCAGCCUCCAAACCAACCUCCAAACCAACCCCCAUCUCAGCCUACUCCCCAGCCGAAUCUUCCACGAGGCUACAGUGUGCCAUUUCCUCCGGACGUCCCUGUGUUAGGCUUUGAUGAGCAUGGCAAUCAGACUGUGAUACAGUUAUGGUCCGACGUUUGCGACAAUUACACCACGAGGUUGAUAGCCGACAAGACUGCGUUUGAGGUACGAGAAUUGGACCACGAUGAUCCAACCGGUAUGGGUAAACGUUGGGAAGGAGAUUGGCCGCAGAUGUACCCGCUGGGACCUCCGAGUGAACAGCCAGAUUAUCACCCAAUCCACGAAAAGUACGGUUUAAAAGUUCUGAAUGCGGCCGGCUUCAUCAACUCGGUACAGCCCAAGGAGAACGCAACCAAUGGACCGGCUGGAAGGCUGAACAAGGGCUUGAAUGCCUUCUGGCGAAAUCCAGCGAAUCUGGCUACGGAAUACAUGCAUCCUGUUUUCAGAUAUGACAUGUGGCGGGGAAUUAGUCAAGACGAGUAUGCAUUGAUCAAGCCAGGUUUGCUGCUUGCAUCGGCCAUCUUGGACGACCCCACCACUUUGAAUUACUUUUACGCCAUACAGCAGCCUGCAGAUUCGAUGCAGACAGUGUUUGGCCCUGAUCUGACUUGCAAGAUUACUGAUGUCCCAGCCACUCUUACCGACGACGAACAAUAUCACACGUAUCAGGCAGUCUGCAAAAUGCGUGAAUACACAAAUUUCAGCAUCGCAGAAAUGGAGGAUUCAGACUAUGUCGCUUUCGGCGUGACAAGACUGCAGACCAAUCAAUCUGGUUUUACCAUUACUGCAGCAAGACCAAACACGAGAAAAAGCACCAUGGUACUCGACGACCAUUACCUCAAGGUGCUAUCUGAGAUCAAGACAAACAUCGAAAAGGGCACCGCCGACAUGCUAAAUCCAUUCUGGCAAGUGCAACGCAUGGCACGCAUCCCCGCCCACAAACGCGAGAACAUCGAUACCAUGUCUGUUCGGUUGCGCACACACCUUAUGCUCGCCUGUACCGUUCUCCACGAAUUCGCCCACGCUUUCUGCAAUGCCUACUUCGAGGACCUUGAUCCCUCCACUCAACCACGCGAGCCUUGGCUACGCGGCACACGCCNNUCAAACGAACAAGGCUGUUGUCUCGAAAACUUUGUGCUUGGAGGCUUACCCCGCCCAAUGCUUAUUGCCAUCCCACCCAUCAGCCAUCUCUACGCUAUGGCACAAUCCAUCGCCAUGCCCUUUGGCGCCUGGUUCGAAGACCGCUGGGACCAAUGGUACGACGAAACCACCUAUUCCCAAUCCACAGUCAUUCCUGUAAACGGCGCGCUAGAAUUUACACAGUGUAGGCGACUAUACCCGAUUUUGCAAGAGUGGUUUCAGAGAAUGUUUGGGGAUGAUAUGUGGGAGAAUCAGGUCCAGAGGUUUGGACUCGAGGCUGUGAGGUUGCCCAAGUUGCCUUGGUGGCAGGUUACGUAUUAUCGAGGUGGGUCGAGAGGGAUCUGGCGUACCGGCUUUGUUUGGGUUGGGUUUCUCUCGAAGGCUUUGUUCGACCUGUGCGGCUCCCGCAUCCGGCAGGCUUUGCAUGUCAAAGAACACCACAGACUCCAUCCAAGCAGUACCCGCGACCCACAACAUCAGAUCAUCGAAUCAAUCCCAACAAUCAAAAAGCACAAGAUGAAUGGCUUCGAAGACACCGAAAUGCCAGACGCGGGCGACGAGUCCGACAACGAGUCCACCACCUCCAGCGUCAUCAGCAUAACCACACCCCCAUCCGAUACUUUACGCACCUACACAGCCGUAGAACCCCCCGCUNUACCUCUUUGGACAACCGUCGACGGGACCGCCGAAGAAACAAACUGGAAACAGCAUUCCUGGCGCUACACAGCACGCAAAGAUGACCGCGGCACUGGCUUUGAAGUUCGCCCAUUGGCCAUUGACAAGUUCAAUGGUUAUGAGCUCCCAGAUUGGAAUAACACGUUCUACUGGCCUGCAAAAUAUGCUCUGGGUCCUCCGACGCUGGACGGGAAUUGGCAGGGUUUGCUCGAGAAAUGGGGGUUUCCUUUGUUGGAAAAGGCUGGGUUUUUGCGGUAUGAUGCCCCAGAAGAGGAGGGAUAUAUGGCACCCAUUGGACGACUUGCGAAAGCGAGAAACCCACGUGAAGAUGAUGACAAGCGUAUCCAUCCGGUGUUGAGAAAAGAGAUGUGGAAGGAUCUUGAUGACGAAGAGUAUGGGCUCAUGGAGCCAGCUUUACUGUUGGCGAGUGCGUUACUCGAUGAUCCGGCCACCCUUACUUUCUUGUACGCUGUUGCGGAUAUUGAUGCCAUGACGGAGUUUGAGGAUGAGGUCCAGGGUGUGUGUAAGGUUGUAAGCACACCUGCCACUUUGACCGAUGCACAGCAAACUGCCGUCUACGAGAAUAUAUUGGCCAUGCGCAACUGGAUGACCUGGGAAUUCGUACCUCAGCGAGAAAUGGUGUGGAUUUCCGCCUUUGGGUUGACCGAAUUCCGAGAAGAUGCCAAUGGCAAUAAAAUGAGAGCGUCAAGAGCUCAAUGCUACCAAUCUGAAGUCUCCCUACCCCAGACCUUUCUCGAUAUCCUCCAGAGAUACGACGACGACUUUUCCAAUGGUACAACCAACCACAAAGAUCAUCUCGAAGUAUGGCUCGACAGAGCAAAUGUACCCGCGUCUCGUCGUCCCAAAAAGACGGAUGCCACCUCCGCCUACGACCGCACAAAUUUCUUCCUCGCCGACACCAUUGUGCACGAAUUCUGUCACGCUUUCAAUGGGGCUUACUUCCCUCUACCCAACGCUACCGUCCCCUCCGAACCAUGGAUCCAAGGAAACAGAUCCAACGAACUGGGUAACGCCUUCUGUGUCUACCUAUUCGGUGGAGACCCCUACGCUAUGACCCACUACACCAACUCUGAUCUUCAAGAUCAUCGACAAGCCUGUAGUGUACCGUUUGGCUUUUACUUUUGCAAGCAAUGGGAUUUAUGGCGGGAUGGAGGUACAGAUCAAUCAGAGAGGACGAUAACGAAGGGGAAAGAGGAAGCGCUCAAGACUCAACAGAUUAACUAUCCGGUGCCGCAGAAGUGGGUGUGGAAUUUGGGUACGAGCGAGACUUGGUUGCAUCAGGUUCCUAGGUUUGGGUUGGCGGCUUUGAGGUUGCCGAAGUUGGAGGAUUGGGCGAUCAAGACGAGUAGACCUACUUGA